AGGGAUCAAAGCUAGCCAUGUGAUGAUCUCACAGAAUGGCCAGGUGUGCUUAUCAGGGCUGCACAACUCUCUCAACAUGAUUCAGAAUGGUAGGAGGUUGAGGAGAGUGCACGAGUUUCCCUUACACACGCUUGACUGCCUACACUGUUACAGUCCUGAGUUGCUAGAGCAGAACCUAGCAGGCUACAGCUGUGCAUCAGACAUCUACAGUAUUGGAAUCUUGACCUGUGAGCUGGCCAAUGGCCAGUCUCCGUUCUCUGACAUCUACAAGUUUUUGUUGAUGUUAUUGGAGAAAUUAAGUGGAACUAAACCAAGACUUGCCGAUGCAACUACAGUUGGUGAAUUUUACAUCAGUGAAGAUGAGGUAGAUGACCAAUCCAGCUCCCCACAAGAACGAGCUGAUGCCAUUUUCUUUCGGAGGACAUUUUCUCCACACUUGCAUGACUUCACCUCCGUGUGCCUGGAGAAGGAUCCUCAUUUGAGACCAACUGCGAGCCAACUUCUCCAUCACCCUUUGUUCAAGAGCAUCAGAAAUAAAGCCUCCUCUCUCCUGCCUUCACUGCUACAGCCAGUCAGUCCCUUGACAGAUGCCACAAGGGCACCAAGAGAUCCUACAGCUGAAGAUGAUGAUUUUGCACGGAAGAUGAGUGAGGUUUCCAUGUACGAGGAGUGGACAUUUUGA